UUCAAGGCCCCAAGCCGUACCUUCUUCAUAUCAAGUGAAACACAGUAUGCGCUUGCCGUUUGUUCUGAUUGGGGCUCUUUUUAUCGUUUUCGGGAGUACCAACGUGGUUGUGGCUGCUGGUACUGAUCGGAAGAUAACUCGAAGCUCACCUAUCGAUGUGGUUCAAUCUCCUGCUGAAAACACGAACGACAUUAGGGUCCUGCGCACGCUUGAGGAUGGCAAUGACAACCAAGAGAGGGCACUCGACUUGUCCAAGCUUCCUCAAGGCGUUAAUGCGGCUGCCGCCGAAAAAAUCGAAAAUGAGUGGCUACGCAAUACCGCGAAGUAUAAAGCCAUGAAGAGUAGCGACGACGAACUUUUCAAGGCCUUCGCAAUUUGGAAGAGGAUGGAGUAUACGAAGCGUGAUGUCGCUUGGGCCAUGCUAAAACUCCGUACGAAUCCUGUAACCAUCGUGAAUUUCGUGAAACGCUACAACAAAUAUCGUAAGAAUCCCGAUAUCCGGUUCGAGUAGGUAGGGGUUGCCGAGAUAUCUGUGCAAACGUGCUAUGGUGGAGCUACAACAUGAACAGAACGAGUAGAUUACACUAGUAGUAGUAUCCCUGAGAUUGAACAGCAAUGUUGUUACAGAGCAUGAAGAUGUUGGCGGCAAUACAUCUACGUUUUCACAACACUGC